AUGCACAUGAUCAUGGAUCAUACAGAUUUUGAUGAAGAUCAGGUUUCAAUCACAGUCGAUUCGGAAUGCGAAUCGUCGAAUCCCGACUUCGAGAAAUUCAAGUUUUUCUCUGGCGAUGGGAUGAUCAGAUUGGACGAGGCGAAAGAUGAGCACUGUGUAAUCAAGAAAAGCUUUUUAACGGGAAUGGGAUUGCUUGGGAAGGAGAGUGAUGUUGUUGCUAUACAUAAAAACUUGUAUUCGAGUCGAACCGGGCUGGUGAGGAUGGAGGCGUUCCGUAUUUUCUCAGCCGCCGUGGCAGAGAAAUGCGGCGGAGACGCCAAUGUCAAGUAUGCAUGGUACGGUGGUUCUAGAGAUGAAGUGUGUGGAAUAAUAGAUCAUGGAUUUAGUAGAUGCAAAGAGCCUCAAAAUGGUGUAUCAUAUGGUGUUGGCAUCCACUUGUCUCCAACUAAUGCUGCUCUUGAUAGUGCAAUGUUGGCGGAGGAGGACGAAAAUGGAUUAAGGCAUAUGUUGCUGUGUCGUGUAAUAUUGGGUAAAUCGGAAGUGGUUCGUGCCGGUUCAGGACAGUUUGAACCGAGUUCAGAAAAUUUUGACUCGGGAAUUGAUAAUCCAUUGGCACCCAAGAAAUACAUAAUUUGGAGAGCUUACAUGAAUUCUCAUAUUUUCCCCAAUUAUAUUAUCAGUUUUAGGACCCCAAAGAAUUAUUAUUAUUAUUAUAAGAAACCCAAGUCGCCAAACAUGAAGUUUCCUAUGCUCUUCAAUAUUCUUUCCAACUUUCUAGAUUCUUCCAAAAUGAAGUUGAUUUCCAGAUACUACAAGGAUUUUCGGGAAAACAAGAUUAAUCGAUCGCUGCUGAUACGAAGACUAAGGCAAUUAAUUGGAGACAGGCCAUUUGUGGCAUGCGAGAAGGACUUGUGCAGCUGCAGCGGGAUUUGA